AUGGGGGCCUGUCGUAUUAUGCUAGAGGAAUUGGCAGAAAAUGGAUACUUUACAGUCAUGAAGGACGUCAAGAAAAGUGGACAAGACAAAUUCUAUAUUGUCGAGAAUAAAUAUAGUUGGUCGAAACUUGGUCAUGUGUUGUACAUUGAGAGUCCAGCUGGUGUUGGAUUCUCCUACAAUGAGGAUUUGAAACUUUACUAUACAACUGGUGACACUCAAACGGCUGAAGAUAAUUUGGCUGUUGUCAAGGGUUACUUUAAAUUAUUCCCAGAUUAUGCUUCAACUGGUUCUCCUCUUUUUGUUGGUGGUGAUGAUGUACAUUCUCUAGAUUAA